AUGCCGACGAUGCCGGCGACCGUGGCCGUCACGACCGAGGGCGUCGCCGCGUUCCCUGUCACCCGCGACGUGACCCUGCUGCGCGGCAGCUGCAACGAGCGCCUCAAGUACGAGAUCGAGUACGCCCUCAAGCGGGGCACCACAGAAAACGCUUACCUCAUCAGCGUGCCCGGCGCGGGGGGCGCGGGGGCGCCCAAGGGCAGCGUGCUGGUGGAUGUUCCCUUCAAGGCCUUCCAGAACGAGUUUG